GCCUCCGGGCCGUGGCACUCUGUGGCUCUGCCGUCGACAUGGGCGCCGCCGCGUGGGCACCGCCACACCUGCUGCUGCGGGCGUCUUUCCUGCUUCUGCUGCUGUUGCUGCCGCUGCCGCUCCGCGGGCGGUCAGCGGGCUCCUGGGACCUGGCUGGUUACCUGCUCUACUGUCCCUGCAUGGGGCGCUUUGGGAACCAGGCUGAUCACUUCUUGGGCUCCCUGGCAUUUGCGAAGCUGCUGAACCGCACCUUGGCUGUACCUCCAUGGAUUGAAUACCAACAUCACAAGCCUCCUUUCACCAACCUCCAUGUGUCCUACCAAAAGUACUUCAAACUGGAGCCUCUCCAAGCCUACCAUCGGGUUGUCAGCCUGGAGGACUUCAUGGAAAAUCUGGCACCCUCCCACUGGCCCCCUGAGAAGCGGGUGGCAUACUGCUUUGAGGUGGCAGCCCAGCGAAGUCCUGAUAAGAAGACAUGUCCCAUGAAGGAAGGAAAUCCUUUUGGGCCAUUCUGGGACCAGUUUCAUGUGAGUUUCAAUAAGUCAGAGCUGUUCACAGGCAUUUCCUUCAGCGCCUCCUACAAAGAACAAUGGAUCCAGAGAUUUCCUGCAAAAGAGCAUCCUGUGCUCGCUCUGCCUGGGGCCCCAGCACAGUUCCCUGUCCUGGAGGAACACAGGGAGCUCCAGAAGUACAUGGUGUGGUCAGAUGAGAUGGUGAGGAUGGGAGAGGCCCAGAUCAGUGCCCACCUCGUCCGGCCCUAUGUGGGCAUUCAUCUGCGCAUUGGCUCCGACUGGAAGAAUGCCUGUGCCAUGCUGAAGGAUGGGACUGCAGGGUCACACUUCAUGGCUUCCCCUCAGUGUGUGGGAUAUAGCCGCAGCACAGCGACCCCUCUCACCAUGACCAUGUGCCUCCCCGACCUGAAGGAAAUCCAGCGGGCUGUGACGCUUUGGGUGAGAGCAUUGAAUGCCAGAUCGGUCUACAUCGCCACAGACUCUGAGAGCUAUGUGUCAGAGAUCCAGCAGCUCUUCAAAGACAAGGUGAAGGUGGUGAGCCUGAAACCCGAGGUGGCCCAGAUCGACCUGUACAUCCUCGGCCAGGCUGACCACUUCAUUGGAAACUGUGUCUCCUCGUUCACUGCCUUUGUGAAGCGGGAGCGGGACCUCCAUGGGAGGCAGUCGUCCUUCUUUGGCAUGGACAGACCCUCCCAGCUUCGGGAUGAAUUUUGAUCCCAUCUGGAGCCCCGCCCUCCCACCCUCAACCAUGCUUGGCUGCUAAGGAUGCUCCUGGGACUACACACUCCUUUUCUUUUCUGCCAGAGGUGGAGAACAGUACCAAGGACUUCCUGGAAGAGAAGGCAUUCCAUCCCAGGCAUUGGCUCCCAUGGUCCCCAGCCAGAGCUGCUCUGGGCUGCAUGAUCAUGUACAUACAAAGCAGCCCACCUCCAGCCUGGGCUCACCCUGAUAUAUGUUUUUCCCCCCUUGGUUGAGGGUUUGGGGGAGGAGCAAAGGGGUAAGGUUAAGAUAAUCUAAUCUCAUAUAGCCCAGGCUGGUCUUGAACUCCUGGUCCUUCUGCCUCUACCUCCUAAGUGCUGAGAUUACAGGAGUGUCUACCACGACACUCACUUGAUCUCUGUAGUUUUGAUGCAAAGCCAUGCAUGACUACCUGAAAACUCCCCUUUGUUUUUAAAAAUCAGUGGAGUCCAUUAGCACAGAAACCUAAAGUGACCUUAUAAAUGAAAUGCAGACAAAGCCAAGAAGCAAGUGGGCCUAUUGGCUGCUCUUCUGGGGGUCCCCUAAAGGGCCCUCAGACUUCCCACUGCCAGGCCCAGCCACUGCCAUCCCUGGGCUCCUCUGUUGUGAGCACAGCAGGCAGGAGUUAGCAGUGAGUGGUACAGUGCUCUGAGGACAUGUGUGUGCUCCCACCCCGGGUGACAGUGUCCGGGCCUCAGCAGUAUCACUGCACAAGUGAGGCUGGCAGGGUUCACUGAAAGCUGCUGUCUCUAAGACCCUCCCAGCCUCUGCUCUGUGGUCUCAGCCCUCACGGCAGCUGUUCCCUAAGGACUACUCACCAAGCCUCUGACAUGUCCGUGCAGAGGCCAUGUGAAGCCCCAGGUUGGGAGCAGUCUUCGCCCCUCCAGCCAGUGUGGUGAGGUCCUCCUGAUGCUGCUGCUCUCAUUCAUAAGAAGUGAACUCUAGGUGAUGGACCAGGUGGUCCUAGAUUCUGCCUUGCACAGGGACAUUUAGAGGCUGGAGCCCCAGUGGGUGACCAUGCAGACCACCCUGACGGGCACAGCAUUUCUGAAGAGCGGGUUCUGGACUCUGGUCUGUGACAAGCACUGUACUCUUUGACCCCGUUUCUCCCCUGUAAGUGCUGAGUCUGGUGGGUUCUAAGCUUCACAUCAGCUUGUGAGCGUUGUAAACCUGGGCUAGAACAAGACUCCCAUGUGGCCAUUGUGGAGUUUAACUGUUGCUUACUGCCAGGCGCUGUGCUGGGGCCUUAUGGGCAUCCUCUUACUUAGUUUGCCCCCAGUAUUAUCCUUUUCUUUCUGACCAAAAAAAAAAAAAAAAAAAAAAAAAAAAGUGACUGUUUAGAGACAUCUUCUCCUAGGCAGGGCUGCAUAGCUGUGGGUGGUAAGCCAGACCCACUGGGCUCUGUGUGUUGCUUCCCUGGACACAUUGUGUACUAAAGGACACUAGGGAAAUGAUGAGCCACCUGACUGCCUCUGCAUACUGCUGUUGGCUUCUGCUGCCAGCCCUAUUAGGAAGCGACAUAAAAAACAGGAAGCUCUGGGUAGUUCUGGAUAGUUACAGUGCCUGUUUUCCUUCAGGAAGUGUUCACUGAUGGCCUACUGUGUACUAGGAAGGAGGGUUGCAGCAGAGAAAGCCUAAGACCCAGGAUUGCUGUGGAAGGGAAGAGCUGUGAAGAAUGCGGGGGGGGGGGGGCUCGAAGGGAAACUGUUUUAAAGGAAUCACCUUAGGGAGUGGAGGAGGACUUGCUCAGCUGAGUAAGCUGCAUACUCCCUGCAGCAAGCAUGGCACGUGCCAAGGCACUGAGGCAGGAGGGGACAGCAAGGGAACAUCCGGAGAUGAGGUGCCAAGAUGAUGUCCCAUUGAUUCACUUUGUUUGUGGCCCGUUUAUGAGGACCCUUGGAGAAGUAGGAGAGGGGAGCUGGUGCUGCCGGUGGGUGAGAGGCUAGGCCAUUGUGCUGGAGGUGGGAGAAGAAAUCACAUUCUGAGUAUAUCAAGUUAUUUUUGUAUUUCAGUCUCUUUUUUUAAAGACACCAGCCUACAUAAUUGUGCAGUAUAUACCAUUUAAUGUCUUGGGUUUUGUGGGUUUUGUUUUUGUUUUUGUUUUUUUACUACAUAACCACACAUCCUAUUUUUCCUGUGUAAACAUAGCUGAAUAGAUGCUUUUAAUUAUGUAAGCGUCCACUGAGGAGUGUUUCAUAGUUUGUGACUCACCUUCUAUGAGAUCAAUUCCCAGCUGUUACUAUUGGAUUUUUCCCCAAGGUUUCUUUGUGUAUCCUUUGCUGUCUUAGAACUACUCACUCUUUAGACCAGGCUGGCCUCUAGUUCUCAGAGAUCACCUACCUCUAUAAGAAAAUGUAACUGUGCUCAAAAAUUGUGACUAUAAAAAACUGAGCUCACAGUAUUAACAAUUUACUUGAGCAGCUAGUUCAUUUACUCCCCACUCCUAAUCGGUCUAGAGACUUGUUUCCUUUUGUACUUUGGGGUAGGGUCUUCUGUGGGCCAGUCUGGCCUGGAACUCUUGAUGUAGCCCAGACUUAUCAUAUAUGUAUUCCUAAUCCUUCUGUCUCAGCCUCACAAGUGCUGUGAUUGCAGUUGUGAGCUGUCUCACAUUGGUUCCUCCUGAGCCAUUAAAUGACUCUGCAUGGAUGCCCAGGAAAGUGCUAACUGAAUCUGCAGUGUGCCCGGGUGGGGCGGGGGGUGGGGGGAGCCCCAGGAGGAGGCUGAGCCCAAGUGGGCCUCUUCUCUCCAUGUUUCCUUUCCAACUUCUGGGUGCUGAGGCAGUGGUAUCUUCUUUAUGGAGUCCUGCAGGACAAGCAAUCCAAGUAGCUGGAGCUGAAUGGCCCCAGGACCGUGCUUUUUACAAGCUCUUGUAAAAGGCCCAAGGCCUGCAGUGUGGCAUCACCCAAGGGAGCCACCUUAAAUGCAAAAUCCCAGUUGAACCUUUUAGAUCCAGCCUAUAAUCUCAGCUACUGUGGAGGUUGAGACAGGAGAGUCCCAUUCUAGGUCUACCUAGCAACUUAGGUAAGACUGUCUCAAAAUAAUAAGGCUUGAAAAAAGUGGGGUGUUGUUCAGUUGACCGAAUGCUUGGUCACCAUAACACAGCCCUCAGGAGUACAGGGGAACGUAUCUCAGUUACACAGGAUGCAGUAUCUUGGCCACACUAGCCUGACAGCAAAGCAGGGCCUUGUGCACAAGUGUUUGGAUUCUGUUCUGGCUGGUUUUUGUCAACUUGACACAAACUAGAGUCAUCCGAGAAGAGAGAACCUCAGUGGAGAAAAUGCCCCUGUCAGACUGUCCUGUAGGCAGGCCCAUGGGGAAUUUUCUUGAUUGACAGUUCAUUUUGAAGGGCCUAGCCCACUGUGGGUAAGGCUGCCUCUGAACAGGUAGUCCUGGGAUGGAUAAGGAAGGCUGAGUGUGAUGUCACUUUUAAUCCCAGUUCUAGGCAGGCAGAUCUCUGUGUUCAAGGCCAGCCAGGGCUCUGGGGUCUGGAGCAUAAUCUGUUCCUUCAUCAUCUGUUUUAGUCCCUGUGUUGGCCUCCCUUCACAAUGGACUAUAAAACCUAAAGUGAGGGCUGGAGAGAUGGCUCAGCGGUUAAGAGCGCCGACUGCUCUUCUGAAGGUCGUGAGUUCAAA